AUGGCCAGUCGACUUUCGGUCGAGAAACCGGUCGAUACGGCAUCAGAAGACGCCUCCGUGGGCGCCUCAUCAGCUGGAAGCGAGACUCGACUUAUCAAAGCGGUACAUUCAGUGUACAAACGAUGGGCCUUCUUCAUUGUUAACAACACUUACAAGGUUAUUACUGUCUGCACGUUGAUCACGCUGAUCUGCACAGUCAAAAUUUUACUGUCAAAGUGAGUGCUGGGCCAUUUAAAUUACUCUAGAACUACAAGAUUCGGAUUUUUAGGCCAUUUUGAAGGAUUGUUGCAGAAUGCCAAAAUUUGGCGGGAAAAUUUUUAUUCAAAAAGUUGAAGUUUUAAAUUGGUCCUUUUGCAGGCAGCGGAAUGACAUUACUGGAUACACUCCGUAUGGGGCCAGAUCGCUGAUCGAACGGGAUAUCCGAAAUGAAUUUUUCGAUCAAAAUGGAAUUGGAGUGGCCAUAAUGGUACUGGCAGAACCCAAAAAAGGCGAUAAUAUUCUCAAACCAGAGUACUUAAAAGAGCUGGUGGAGGUGAGCAGUGCUCAGUGGAUUGUUUAUUUUUAGAUUGAUGACUUUGUGAGGACAAACUUUACAAUUCUCAAUCAUUUUACCAACAAAACCGAGAAUUUUGAUGAAUUUUGCAGUAAUUUCUGCAAAUUAAACGAACCGCUCCGCAAUUUUUAUGUGAGUUGUGGUCUUAUUAACUUAUUAUAAGAAGACUUGGUGAUUGUAUUUUACAACUGGUUUCCUUUUUUAGAAUGGCCUAAAGCUCCAAACCUCAGCCAUUGCGAGAAAAGAGCCCCUGAAUGACCGAAUUCGUUUAAAUUACCCAAAGAUAGAUGUCUACGGACAGAAAAUCAAUAUCCAGCAGAGCAUUUACGGUGUUCACUUCAAGAACGAGACUUCUCCCAAUGAUUUUACGAACCUUGAGUACGCAGAAAUGGCUGCUUUGAUUUAUAAAUCGGAGCGGGAAGGGGGAUGGACGGACGAUGAAUUAAAGGAGUACGAAACUGCUGUUUCUGACUACUUUGAGAUGUAAGACUACUUACUGGCGAUUCUAUUUGUCAUUUAGGGUCUAUAAGAGCAAAAAUUUGCAUGUGAUGACCAUCAGUACAACCUACGUUGAAGCCGAGAUUGUGCGAGCUGGGUUGACAAUGUUGCCAUUUUUACUCAUUGGGUUUACAAUUAUGUGCAUCGUAUCUUCAACGACAGUAUUACUAUCGGCUGUCUACUUUCAACAAGUCAGCAUUUACAAGGUAACAUUAAUUUUUCAAACUUUUAUUGACGCCCGACAUCUGACCUCAUGGAUAAUAUAGAAAGAUGUUAUAAAUUGUUACGCGGCUUGUGUCUUCAGAUAGCUUUGGCCAUAAUGGCUUGUGUAUGCCCUUUUAUGGCCAGUGGCACAGCCCUUGGCCUCAUGUUCUUUGCGGGUAUUCGAUACGGAUCAAUUCUUUUGGUGACCCCUUUCUUGGUGCUGGCCAUUGGAGUGGAUGACGCCUAUCUUAUGAUCCAUGCCUGGCAACGUGUAUCCAAGCAAAUGCGAGAGAACCCGACUCCAGAAGACAGUGUGGCUCAUCGAUUGUCCCUAGUUUUGAUCGAUACGGGCCCAGCGAUCUUGAUUUCGGCGUUGACCAACAUCCUCGCUGAUGCCGUCGGAUCUUUCACUGGGUCGCCCGAGGUCACGUUGCUGUGUGCGGGGAAUAUGGCAUCAAUCUUUGUGGACUUCUUGUAUCAGAUUACAUUCUAUACAAGUGUAAUGGCGAUUGUUGGGAACUUUGAAAUGAGGAGUGAGCAGAGGAUGAGAUUUAAGUUAUCCAUCCCGAUCGGAGCUGCGGAAUCUGUCAAAAACCCGAUGCAAAUGGUACCCUCGACUAAGUCGAAGCAGGUAUGCUACUUGGUAAUGUCUGAAAUUGUAAUUGCACUACUUUUUAAUGGCUUUCAUAGAUUUUUUUUGGAUUUUUUUGCAAAAAUUUCAAAUAUUUUUUUUUGGUAUUUUUUAAAAAUUUGAGAGUAUAAUGACUGCAAGACUAUUAUCACGGUACAGUUAUGAAGACAGGGUCUCAAACUCCGACACCGGAAAACUGAAAAAGAAAGAUCAACUCGAGACCCGUAAGAAUAAAUAACGAAUUCGACAAGUUUGCUGACGUCAGAUCACGUUGUAACCAGUGAUUGAAAACAACAAAACUUUUGAGAAACGUCGAGAAAGUCGAGAGCGAGGGUGUAAUUGGGAAAGACAGAAUACAAAUUUUGAAGGAAACAUUAAAAAUGUCAUGGAUAAUAUAAAAAUAUUCAAAUUUCAGCCAAGUGGAAAGUUCCAUCAGAAAGUGAAGAAGAAUUUCAACAAGUUUGUGAUUACUUACGUGGAUGUUAUCACGAAUACAAUUGUCGCUGUCAUCGUUUGCAUUUUCUGGACUUUAUUUUUGAUCCAUUCGGUUUAUGUAAGUUGUGAUCUGAAGGCAAAAUAUUUAAAUACGGUUCUUGGAAUCGAAUGGAAAUUGGAUAUUAUCUAUAACGGAUUGAAAUUUCAAAAAAAUAUCGGGAUUUUUAGUUCGAAAUUUUUAUAAAACAUCGAAAGAUUUAAAAAUUAUAUUAUUUUUAAAAAUAAAAAAAUAAGAUUUUCAAAAUGAAAGUGUAGGCAAAAGCUCUGGUGUGGAGUGCAAUACUUACAUAAAAAAUCAUUUUAUCCUCAUGAAAUUCAAAAUCAAACGACCAAAGUUCGUAACUCUCCUCGUCUUUACGGCCAAGUUUUCAGUGGCUGACCCAAUUCGAAGUAAACCUGACAACGAAGAAGAUGUUCGCCUCGGAUUCCCCUCUUCUGGCGAUCGAUCAUCGCAGAGAAGAGCAGAUCGUUCCCUAUUACACAGUAAUCACUGUUUUUAUCAAUCAUCCUGGAGAUUUGGGAGAUCCCGAGCGAGUGAAACAACUCUAUCAUCUGGUCCAUGAAUUGGAAUCAUUCCCGGAGAGUUGGGGCCCAGAAUCAACCAGUCUUUUCUUACCCGAUUUCCUGGCUUUCGAGGAGCAAUCGGAUCAAGAGGAGGAAGGGGAAGGAGAGCAGAUGGUGUUCAGUGGAAACAGAACCAAAUUCAAUGCGGAUGACUUCAAGACCUUCUUGGAAUGGCCGGAAUACGAUUGGUGGAAGGGAUUUUUGAAGUUGAGGGAGGAAAAGUAAGCGCAAAUUGUUGCAAAAAAUGGGGUUUCUAAAUUAUUUUUUCAGUAAUCACACGAUCCUUGAAAGCUUCUUCUUCACUACCGCCUAUCAAGGAGAUCAUCUCAAGUCGUGGAGUGAGCGCUCUCGUCUUCUCGGUCGUUGGCGAGCGGUCACCGACAGGUACCCUCAAUUCAACGCCACUUCUUACCAAGAUGAAGGUAUCUUCCUGGACCUCAUCGACAACAUGCCUACCGACGCUUGGCAAUCCGCCUUGGCCACUCUCUGUUGUAUGGCUUUUGUUUGUUUCGUCUUCAUGUACGAUACGUACUCGGUGUUGGUGGCCAGUGGAGUGAUUGCCUCCAUCAUGACUGGAAUGUUGGGCACAUUGUGCUGGGAGGGAGUAACCAUGGAUCCGAUUAUGAUGGCUGCGAUGGUCAUCUCGAUUGGGUUCAGUGUCGAUAUCCCGGCUCAUGUUUCGUAUCAUUAUCAUAGUGCAGGUAAAGGAUGGAUUAAAUUUCCGCAUACACAAAAUUUAUUGUCUCGACAAAAUUUUGCAAAAAUUUGAUGACCCAACGGGUACUUUUCGUGUAGAUAUUUUUCUAAUGCCUGAUAAUCUGUCAUGAUGACGUUAUUUUUUGGACAAACUAAUGAUCUUGAUGAAUCUUGAAGAUUUAGAAAACUUAUAAACAAAUAUUUCAGGAUUUGAAGACCCCAACUUGUCGGUGAAAGAGCGUCUUAUAUUAACCUUGUCAUCAGUGGGAUUCCCCGCAAUCCAAGCCAGUUUCUCCACGAAUUUGGUGGUGCUCUCCCUUCUUUUCGUACCUCUAUACAUGGCUCAGGUAACAAUCUUUCUCCUCAUAUUGUAUUAGUCUUAUGUUUCAAAAUCAGAUUCAACUUUUUGCAGGUUUUCGUGAAGAUCAUGUUCCUGUGCAUCGUGCUGACCAUCGUCCACUCCCUGGUCAUGUUGCCGGCCAUUUUCAGUCUCAUUGAAAAGAUCUCGGGCCGGUUAAAGAACUAG